UUGAGACUCACUGAAGCUGCCUUUGUUUGACUGGGAACCAAAAGAGAGCGAGAGAGAGAGAGGGAGCAGGAGGAGGAGAGUCAGAGUCUUUUAGUUUGGUGUCAGUGACAGGGGGAGGCAGAGUGGGCUCCAUCUCUCUCUCCCUCUUACCAAAGCCCUCACACACAUGAACAGGACAAGUUUGGUUUGGAUCUAAGCUCACCAUCACUGAAGAUGACUUCACGCAUUCCUCCCUGGUUCUUUGGAUUAUUUCUGCUCCUUCGCUCCUCUGCCUAUCAGCUGCUGGACGAACGUGGUUCUCAGGGAGCCUUGGACCUCACCGAGCUGAUCGGCGUCCCCCUUCCUCCCUCCGUCUCCUUCGUCACCGGAUUUGAGGGCUACCCGGCCUACAGCUUCGGCCCUGAUGCCAACGUGGGCCGCCUCACAAAGUCCUUCAUCCCCGACCCGUUCUACAACGACUUCGCCAUCACAGUCACAGCUAAGCCCACCACACGGCGAGGAGGAGUGCUGUUCGCCAUCACAGACGCUUACCAAAAGAUUGUACACCUGGGCAUAGCGUUAUCUGAGGUGGAGGAUGGGUCCCAGAGAGUCGUACUGUACUACACAGAGCCGGGGACAAGAGCGACGCAGGAAGCAGCUUCGUUUAAGAUGGGAGACAUGACGGGGAGAUGGGCGAGGUUCACUCUGACUGUGCAGGGUGCUGAGGUGCGUCUCUUCAUGGACUGCGAGGAGUACCACCGUGUUGACUUCCUCAGGAGCCCUCAGCCUCUGACCUUCGAGGCCAGCUCGGGGAUCUUCGUGGGGAACGCAGGAGGGACGGGUCUGCAGAGGUUUGUGGGCUCCAUCCAGCAGCUGGUGCUCAAGUCAGAUCCCACGGCCCCAGAUGACCAGUGCGAGGAGGACGAUCCUUAUGCGUCUGGAUAUGGAAGCGGUGACGGUGAUUAUGAAGACAUGGAGGGACGAGAUGAAGUAAAGAAGAUUGUGGAGGAGAGAGAGUAUACCAUGCCCCUCCCUGUGCUGGACCCCACCUAUAGCACCCCAGUCCGAGCCCCACCCACCGAGAUGUCACCUUCUGACGAUGAAGACAUUGACGAGACUUCAGGAGAGGAGGCAGAAACAACAACAGUGACAGUGAAAUCACUUCAGACAGAUCCUACAGCCUCCAUCCCUGACACUUCUCUACAGGUGUCUCCAGGACAGAAAGGGGAGCGAGGUGAGCCAGGCUCAGCUGGUCCACCAGGACCUCCUGGCCCUCCAGGGCCAGCCUCACGAGAUGGUGAGGGAUGGGAGCCAGGACCCCGGGGUCCACAAGGACCAGAGGGACCUCCAGGCAAACCUGGACUUCCUGGGAAAGACGGACAGCCGGGAAGCAAAGGAGAAACUGGCGAUGCUGGGCCAUCCGGGAUUCCAGGAUUUCCAGGAUUACAAGGAGAGCCUGGUCCUAAGGGAGACAAGGGUGAUCCUGGUGUGGGACUACCAGGUCUUCCAGGUCCUCCUGGACCUCCAGGGCAACCUAGCAAGUCUUCAAGGUUCCUGGAGGGAUCAGGAUUUGAAGACUUCGACAGUGAUGCAGAACUCAUAAGGGGGCCCCCAGGACCUCCAGGCCCUCCAGGACAGCCAGGGCCCCCAGGAACCCCAUCUGAGGAUAUCUUUCCUGGACCACCUGGGGCUCCUGGGAAAGACGGGAAGGAUGGAGAGAAAGGUGAACCUGGACUGCCGGGAGUUGAUGGAAGAGAUGGAGAUCCGGGGCCUGCUGGGGAGAAAGGAGACAAGGGUGAACCUGGUGUGAACGGGCAGCCAGGACCGAAGGGAGAUCAAGGCCCUCCAGGGUUUCCAGGCCUACCCGGCUCUGAUGGUCCAGAAGGGUCGCCUGGUCCCAGAGGUCUACCUGGCCCUCCAGGGCCUCCAGGCCCACCUGGAAAAGGCUACACCUUUGACUUUGAGGACUUGGAAGGAUCUGGGCUGCUGAGUGGUUUAGGAGCUGUGCCCUCUAGUGGUCCACAGGGUCCUCCUGGAAUCCCUGGACUGAAAGGACCACCGGGUAAAGAUGGUAGAGAUGGAUUACCUGGAGUGCCAGGGCAAAAGGGGGAGGAUGGCAUCAUAGGACGACCAGGGUUUCCUGGACUGGAGGGACAGAAAGGUGCAGAGGGACCAAAGGGCAGCAAAGGUGAUCCAGGACUGAAGGGAGAGGCAGGACGAGAUGGUCAUGGUCUACCAGGCCCUCCAGGACCGCCUGGACCACCAGGACCAAUCAUCAACUUGCAAGACCUUCUGCUCAACGAUACAGAUGGUUCCUUCAACCUCUCAGGGAUUUUUGAAGCUCUGGGAGCUGCUGGCCAAAUAGGUGACAAUGGAUUACCUGGAAUUCAAGGACCUCGAGGACCCAAAGGUGAAAAGGGGGAGCCAGGACUCAUCCUCUCUGCAGAUGGAUCCAUGACAGGCCUGGCUGGUCCCAAAGGAGCAAAGGGUGAUAUUGGUGUCACUGGACCUGCUGGAAUUCCCGGGCCAGUUGGACCACCAGGACCUAAAGGAGAGUUUGGUUUUCCCGGACGACCUGGUCGUCCAGGUCUGAUGGGACUAAAAGGAGAGAAAGGGGAGUCUGCAGGCCAGCCAGGUCCUCCUGGUCCUCCUGGGCCGCCAGGACGUCCAGGAAUGUUCAACUGCCCCAAAGGAACCGUGUUCCCCAUACCUCCCAGACCUCACUGUAAAAUGGCCCUUAAUCCUGAUGGGACGGUAGCAGCAGGGAACUGUCAAACAGGACAGAAAGGAGAAAAAGGAGAGAGAGGCCUUCCAGGGUUACCAGCACCAUCAAACACAUUUCUUCCCAGGGGAGGCUGGGGAGCAAGAGGAGACCAGGGCUUUAAAGGAGAGAAAGGAGACAAAGGGGAGGAAGGCUUUCCUGGCCAACCAGGUAUCCCCGGGAGACCAGGACCUGUGGGGCCUAAAGGAGAAUCAGUGCUUGGACCACAGGGCCCACGUGGGCUGCCAGGUCCACCAGGUACCCCAGGGUAUGGCAGGCCAGGACCAGUCGGUCCUCCUGGACCACCUGGGCCCCCAGGACUGCCAGGAUCGGGCUCUAGAUAUGGCUCAGGUUUGACCUUCCCUGGCCCUCCUGGACCCCCCGGGCCUCGUGGACCUCAAGGACCACCUGGAGCUUCGGGUAACGGAGCAUCUCUGAAGACUUUUUCAAGUCGUGAGAGCAUGAUGCAGCAGACAGUCAGGGACGCCGAGGGAACUCUGGCAUAUGUCACAGUCACAGGAAGUCUUUUCCUCAAAGUUUCACAGGGAUGGAAAGAAAUACAGCUUGGCAAUCUGAUCUACCUCUCCAAUAACAUAAUUCCACAAGAUGAGCCUCGAGUUGCAUAUCAGAUGAGAGGAGACACGAUGGAGCGAGUGCGCUCACUUACAGAGAGGCUCAACCUGGUAGCGUUGAACCAGCCACACUCAGGCGACAUGAUGGGCCUCGACACGGCAGACCGGAUGUGUUACGAACAAGCCAAAGCGAUGGGUUUACCUACGAACUACCGCGCCUUCAUUUCCUCCCACAGACAAGACCUGGUCCACGUGGUCUACCCGGGUUUCAGGGAAACUCUGCCAGUCACCAACCUCAGGGGCGACAUUAUGUUUAGGAACUGGCGGUCUAUUUUCAACGGGGAUGGAGGACCAAUCAGUGCCAGGAUACCCAUCUAUUCUUUUGAUGGCCGAGAUGUUUUAGCCGACCCCUUCUGGCCUCAGAAGAGCAUCUGGCACGGCUCCAACAGCAGGGGCCUGCGGGUGAUGGACAAACACUGCGAGACGUGGCGAGCGAACCACAUGUCCGUAAUGGGCCAGUCAUCGAGUCUGACCUCAGGUCUACUUCUAGGCCAGCAGACGCGGAGCUGUUCAAACCAGUACAUCGUUCUCUGUAUCGAGACUCACAAAAACCUUUAAAAGCUCCUCAUACCACUCUACCAAAGAGACUACCGCGGCCACCUUAAACGUUGAACACUCGGGGAAAGUUUGAGUGCCUUUAUUAGAAAAGGAAGUGGAUUUUAGCACAGCUUUGGUGCUUUUUGUAGCAUUUUGUAUGUUUGUUUCAAAUGGAGGACUACGUUUAACACCAAGUUUUCAAGAGGAUAUUAGGGCUUUUCCCUUCCAUUUCCUGUAUUUUUUGAGGAGCAAGAACAGUAAGAAGCAUUAAACUCUUAACAUAAGCCAAGUCUGUCUGGGAAUCUGAGGAUGAUGCUACGCUGUGGCACUGGGAUCCUUUCACCCUGAAGAAAGUCUCUCAGCGUUUUGAAGCAAUCCUGAAAUUCCCCUGUAUAUUCAACCAGGUGGCACAUAGAUUAAAAUGCAACACGCAGGUUGACUGGUUUGGUAGCAUGCUAAUUCUUACAAAAACCCUUAACAUAUCAAAAAGUAUGUGGUAAUGAGUUACUUAUCCAAAGUGAUCCAUGCAGCACCUUUAACCCGGGAAUUUUACAACAUAUUUGGGCACCAUUGACCGCAUACAGGAAGCUGAUUAAAACAUCAGGGACCUCACUUGACUGUUUACCACCACCAUGUAAACCCUUAAGGGCCUGUGUCCAUUCAGGAAAGAAACAUGAGUUUAUUUUCAAUCCUUAACCAACAUAACAGGACUGUUGAACUGAUUUUUGACGUUAUAAUCCUCUGAAUGCACAUACUAGACUAGUGGUUCUCAACUGGUCCAGCCUCGGACCCACCACCACCUCUUUAAUGUGUAAUUGCUAACCAAAUUUCUGAUAUUAUUACAACCACAACCAAAUAUUUAAUAACCUUACAAAGCAGAUAGAUUCACCCUUUUCCGUGUUUUUUGCUGGGAAAUCCAUCUUGCAAAGCUCCCGUCUGAACCGUUUGGGCCUGUGCAAUGAUGGCGGUAGAGAUUUGCGUGGAUGCUGCUAAAGCGCCAGUUUUAUCAGAACUUGACGACAUUUCUUCAUUAAAAGAAGAACAAAGAACAGCAUUGAGCUGUUUUCUUUUAAAAACUACAAAAGUCUAGAGUCGCCAUGGUUCACGUUAUGCAGCUCUCUAUGGAGUUUACUCGUCUGCAGCAGCGUACCUCGGUUUAGGGCUACAUCACGUGUUUUGUUGCGCUGAUUGGCCCGUAAAGAUGUGACAGGCAGAACGUUCAUCCAACCACCCUCCAGGUUUUUUUUUUUUCAACGGUUCUGCCCUUUACCAAACGCCGUCUAUGGAAGGUUUUCCAGAUGGAUGUGUGAAAUAAAUCCAUCUGGCAUGCCAGGUUACAUAUUUAAUGCAUCCUUCAAAAAAAUAGCACAUCCUGGACUUUAUGCCACAUUUUAUUCUAGACACUCAUCUACAACCCACUUAAUAGUUGGCUCUGACUAGUUGAGAACCAAGGCAGCAGUUGAUUCAGCUUCUGGCCUUAGCUCCACCCCUUUACAUAUAAUUAUAUUGACCAAAAGGUAGGGAUUGACUGCGUUCCCAAUAUCCCCCUAAGAUCCUGCAUGUACAUAUGAGGACAUGACAUUUAAGCUUUCCUACAAUUAAGUAUAAAUACUUCAAAAUUUGUUUGAGAAUUAGAAAUUUUAGGUAAUUUCUUUGACAUUUUGGGGAAUUUAUUUGGAUUUGAAAAAACAAUAAUUUCCAAGAAAUUCCUCUCCAAAGACAAGGCUGAGUUUUUAAGGUCCUACAUAUCCAAUAUAAAUAGAAGAGUCUAAAAAUGUACUCCAGACAAAGCUCAAGUCUCAGGAGGAUAUGGGGACUGGACCCAGGCAGUGGUAGGUUAAGGACACCUUAGCUUUGGCUUCACUUUUCAGACCUGGAGCUAUGCCCACUUCUUAUACCAGUAUAGUCUGUGAUAAGAUCCCAGUUAAGAUAAGAGUUUACUGUCUCUUUGUUAAGCAGGGGUUAAAGAUGCAGGAAUCUGCAGCUGUCAUUAAAUGUGGUUGAUUUUAUAGAUGGUAAAAUCCAAAGACUUAAUGAUGGGAACAUAAAGUGCUACUUUCACUGUUUUGUUUACAGAGAAGAAAGAGUUUAACAGCUUCUUUUUGAAAGUUUACUGAACUUUUAAAGGUCAAACUUUAUUUUCGAAACCUUGAAGAGUCCCUCAUCCAACAGUGGGACAAACAGACAGCCAGUGUUGCCACCAAAGUAAUUUUUGAUGCACUGUAUUUUAUUUUUUAAUGUUUUCUUUUCUAACAUUUUCUUCCUUAAAAGUGUUGUUUCUUUUUCAUGCAUCUUGGUGAUCUCACUUCUUAGCAGUUCUUUCUCUCUAAAAGCUAUCUAAUUUAAAUCCAAUGAUUUAUUUAUACCGUCACAGCACAUAACGUCAAAUCAGAUGCUUAAAUUUAAGAAUGUAAUUUAUCGUUUAUUGUCUGUUUCCUUCCCACUUUGUGCCUCUUUUCUAUUCUUUGUACAGUUUUUUUUUUACGUAAAUAGAUUUUUGAGGAAUGUUGUUGAGACUAAUUUCCAUCUAGUUUAAAAAUGAAACUCAAACAAGCUAUAUGUGUUCAUGCUGAAGAAGAAACUCUAAGGGACAAGUGAGAGCACAUGUUUUGUAUAAAUAUUGGUGCUUUGUUAAAUAAAGUUUUCUUUUUUCA